UCUUGCUGGGAACAAUGCAGAUUGAUCAAAUGUGAUUUAUGGAUAUGAAUUCGCACUGGAAUCUAGUGAAAUCCAUACAGGAAACGUAAUCGACAUGAAAGAACGUGUUUGGAAAUGGGACCAGUGAUGAGAAAAAUGCCCACGAAGCUGUGGGUGCUGCUGCUGUUUAACGCAGUAGCCUUUUGGAGUACGACGGACGCACAGAUUCGGUACAGUAUUCCCGAGGAACUAAAGGAGGGCUCGGUUGUGGGAAAUAUAGCCAAGGACCUUAGCUUGGAAGUGGCUGAGAUCUCCGAACGUAGGUUGAGGAUAGCCUCUGAGUCUGGUAAGCAGUAUUUCGAUGUGGACUUGGUGAAAGGCGACCUUGUUGUGAAUGAAAGGAUUGACAGAGAGGAGCUAUGCGCGAAAAGCUCGAGUUGUUUGUUGCCUCUGGAGAUGAUAAUAGAAAAUCCACUGAACAUGUAUCGUGUGGAGAUUGAAAUUCAGGAUAUAAACGACAACUAUCCAGUAUUUCAGACCCACGAGCACGUUUUAAACAUUGCAGAGUCCACAGUAGCGGGAACAAGAUUCCGACUGGAAUCUGCACAGGAUCCUGACGUGGGCUCACACUCAUUAAAAUCUUACACUCUGAGUAAGAAUGAUAAUUUCAAACUUGACGUCAAAACAAACAAAGACGGAACCAAGCUGCCGGGACUAGUUUUAGAAAAAACAUUGGAUAGAGAAAAGCAAGCGGUGUACACUCUACUACUCACCGCCAUAGAUGGAGGAACACCAGCACGGUCUGGUACCGCAGAAAUCAAGAUUCGCGUCCUGGAUAUUAAUGAUAACGCUCCGGCCUUUGAGAAGGCUGUAUAUGACGCACAGCUGACUGAAAACUCGCCGAUUGGUGUGGUAGUAGUUACAGUAAAAGCUGUUGACAGGGAUGAAGGCGUCAACGCUGAAAUAUCGUAUUCAUUUGGACCCCACACAACCGAGAUUUUUCAGAAGUUAUUUUCAGUUGAUGCGACAACGGGAGAAGUAAAGGUAAAAAGCCAAAUUGAUUAUGAAUCUGGCAGUUCAUACAAAUUUGACAUAGUAGCCAGAGAUAAAGGGGCACCAGCUAUGGAGGGUGUUUGUAGCGUCCAUUUGGAUAUCUUAGAUGUAAAUGACAACGUUCCAGAAAUCAUUUUAAAGUCAGCACCCAGUCCUGUCAGAGAGGACGCUCCCGUAGGGACGGUAGUGGCUUUGAUUAGUGCCAAGGAUGCAGACAAGGGUGAUAAUGGCCGAGUGACUUUAUCCAUAGCGCCAGGUCUGCCAUUUACGCUUAAACCAUCCAUUUCCAAUAAUUAUGCCCUCGUCACAGCAGGUGCAUUAGAUCGAGAGGAGUACCCAGAGUUCAUGGUUGAAAUCCAGGGGUCUGAUUCUGGAUCACCGCCGCUUACAUCAAAGAAAAACAUUAUGGUUGAGGCGUUGGAUGUCAAUGACAACCCACCAGUAUUCACUCAGUCCUUGUAUACCGUGUAUGUGAAAGAAAAUGGCGCAGCUGGUUCCAUACUUUGUUCCGUGUCAGCUACAGACUCUGAUGUAGGAGAAAAUGCUAAACUAACUUAUUCAGUCAUGAAUUCACAGAAACUGGACAUCCCGAUGUCUUCUUAUGUUUAUAUGAACUCAGAAAACGGCAGUGUUUUCACCAUGCAUUCUUUUGAUUAUGAGAAAAUCAAAGUAUUCGAAUUUCUAGUGCAGGCGAAAGAUCAGGGUUCCCCUCCUCUGACCAAUAACGCAACUGUGCAUGUGUUUAUUUUGGACCAGAACGACAAUGUCCCCGUUGUCAUUUACCCCUCCGCGAGCAUGGGCUCUGUGUCUCACCAGAGGAUGCCCCGCUCUGCUAAAAUGGGGCACCUCGUUACCAAGGUAACAGCUGUGGACGCAGACUCGGGCCACAACGCCUGGAUUUCCUAUAGACUGGCGGAAGCUACAGACUCGUCUCUGUUCGCUGUCAAUCUUUACACUGGAGAGGUGAGGACUAAACGCUCUGUUUCAGAGCAGGAUGACGCCUCUCAGAGACUGCUCAUAGAGAUCAAGGACAAUGGAGAGCCAGUGCAGUCCACCACAGUCACAGUGGACAUACUCAUAGAGGACGGACUGCACGAACCCGUCUCUGAUUUCAGACACAAAGCGUCAGAAAAAGACAAGAAAAACAGUAAAAUCACAUUUUAUUUAAUCCUGUCAUUAGCCUCCGUAUCUGUGCUAUCUUUAUUGACAUUUUUCAUCUUACUAAUUAAAUGCGCUAGAAGUAGCAGAGGGGGCGAAAGUUGUUGUAUUAGAAGAGACUCUGACGGCUAUAAGAAUCCCAACAGAAACCUACAGAUCCAGCUCAACACUGACGGGCCUAUUAAGUAUGUGGAGGUUCUGGGGGGAGACAUGAUGUCUCAGAGUCAGUCGUUUGGCUCCUAUCUGUCUCCAAUGUCGGAGUUCAGUGACUUAACAAUGGUCAAGCCCAGCAGCACGCUUGACUUUAAGGAUACAUUACGUGGACUUGAUGCGUCAUUGCCAGACAGCGCGUGGACCUUCGAGUGCCAGCAGUUAGCAAAGACAAUGCAUCCUGUUUUAGUCCGAUCAGACGUUAAGAGACAGUGCUGCGUUCACGUUGACGAGGAUGGAGGUGGCUACGUUGUGGAUUUUCUAAAGGUGGUGUUUGUGUUGCCAUUACGGAUACAGCUUUGUUAUUGGAUAUGUCGACACUAA